AUGCCAAAAAAGCGCAAGGCACCACCUUCUGCGAGAAGUGCCGCGGGUCCAGGGAUAUCCACAUCUCCAACCCCUAUUUCCAUGUCUACUGCCCCUACCACCAGCGGUCCAGAGCCCCUGCCAGACAAGGCCACCGCACCCCUCUACUUCUGGCGCGAGUCACACGCCGGCACGGGCUUCCUGUCGCAGUGGCACUCGGGCCACGCGUUCCUCGACCCGCGGGACGCGGAGCGCAAGGUGUACGCGACGGCUGAGCACUACAUGAUGCACCACAAGGCGCUGCUCUUCGGCGACGCGGAUGCGGCGGCGGCCGUGCUGAAGACGGGCCACCCGCGCAAGGUCAAGGCGCUCGGCCGCGCCGUGCAGGGCUUCUCGGAGGAGGCGUGGGGCCGGGAGCGCGGCCGCGUCGUGGAGCGGGCCAACUACUGCAAGUUCACGUUUCCGGCGGCGGAUCCUUCGUCAGAGGAGGGGGAGGAAGCGGGUGGGGGGAGAGAGUGGCGGCUGGGGACGGGCGCCACUGCGAAGACGAUGCAGGCCGCCAGCUUUCGGGCGGCGCUGCUGGCCACCGGCGAGCGCGAGCUGGUCGAGGCGAGCCCGUACGACCGCAUCUGGGGCGUCGGGUUUGCGGCGGCGGACGCGGAUGCGAACCGGGAGCACUGGGGCGAGAAUCUGCUCGGAAAGGCGCUGAUGGUGGUCAGAGAGACUUUCAGACGGGAGGAUGCAGAGGAGGCGGAGAGGAAAAGGGACAGGUCUAAAGACGGCGACGAAGCGGACCGUGAAGAUUGA